AGGCUAAGGUCAAGUGAGAAGAUGAAGGGGCUUCAUCCUUUCCUUCAAACCUCUCAAUUUUAUAAUAAUUCCAUCAAUGGGGUCUAUUUGGAUGAGAAUGGAGAGCUGGUAGCAGACCUGGACAUUGUGAACACGGUGAUUUUACACAAUAUGUCUGUUAGCCAAGUGACAGUUGGAAAUCUAGAAAGUGUGGGAUCCUCGCAUUUCAAGUUCAUGAUGAACCAAAAUGCUAUUGCAAACGUGGAAAUGUUGAACAAGCCCCUGCCUCCUUCCAGGUGUGUGGAAAGCUGUCCUCCUGGGUUCAUGAAGGUGGCUCAGGAAGGGAAGCCCAUCUGCUGCUACAAUUGUCAUCCUUGUCCUGAAGGAACCAUCUCCACCGAGGAAGGUGGGUGACAGCAGGAGAAAUGG